CCCUCGCAACCUGACGCCCCAAAACUGGGGUCAGGGGCUUGGAAGCUGGCACCAGGCCCUCGCCAGGUGUGCGGGAGUCGGCCAGGUGCGCGCCGCCCCGCCCCAGCCCCGGGAGACCUUUAUAAUGGCUGAGAGCCGGGGCCAGGCCAUGACUGGGACCCAGGCAAUGUCCUGAGGCCGGCCCCGCCACCAGGUGUCUGGCUCCCCCAGGACCGUCUGCGGGGACCGGGGGAGGGGCGGGCCGCAGGUGCAGACAUCGGAGCCGCUCUGGGGAACGUAGCCUCCCUGGGACAGAUGGCGCUAGCCGGCUCCCUAGUUCUCCCGCGCUGGGCCGGUCGAGUUGUGCUGCGCCCUCCGGACAGCAGGGGGCGCUGUAUCCGCUCCGGGUUGGGCACCCUACCACCCCGCUGACCCUGAGAACCGCUUUGCCAUGGCCGCUGCGUUUGUGCUACGGGGCCUGUACCGAGCGCGACCCGAACUCCGCCUUCUGCCCGCGGAGCUGCUGUGGGCGCCACGGCGUGGGCACCGCCUCACGCCGGCCGACGAUGAGCUGUAUCAGCGGACACGCAUCUCUCUGCUGCAACGCGAGGCCCCGCACGCCAUGUACAUCGACAGCUACAGCAACCGCGGCUUCAUGGUCAAUGGAAAUCGCGUGUUUGGGCCCUGCGCGCUGCUCCCGCGCUCGGUGCUGCAGUGGAACGUAGGAUCUCACCAGGACAUCACGGAAGAAAGCUUCUCUCUCUUCUGGAUGCUGGAGCCCCCAAUAGAGAUCGUCGUGGUGGGCACUGGAGACCGGACCGAGCGGCUGCAGCCCCAGGUGCUGCGAGCCAUGAGGCAGCGGGGCAUCGCUGUGGAAGUGCAGGACACGCCCAACGCUUGUGCCACUUUCAACUUCCUGUGUCAUGAAGGCCGAGUGACGGGAGCUGCUCUCAUCCCCCCACGUGGAGGGACUGCGCUCACAUCUGUGUCCCAAGCUGCAGAGUGAAGCGCCAGAACUGACCUUCCUCGUAGGGCCCUGGUGCCUUACGCAGAGUGCAGGGGUUCCCCGCGCUUUCACUGGCACCUCCCCUGCGGCACUGUAAUGCUUGUCCUGCCUGCCCACAAAUCAAUAAUUUAAUCCACUUCUCCCA